ACAGUACCUUGGUCUCAUGAAAGUAUACUCGCGAAACUUAUUGCAUACUCGGGGAAAACGAACAUUUAUUUUUAUACAAACUAAAUAUCUUAAAUUCUUGGAAAACAAACUGAAAGGCACGCAUGCGCAAACAUUUUUCUCUAGUGUUUAUCACAAAGGCAUUUGGUUUCUUCCUCAUUGCUGUACGCAAAGCUUUUUUGUCUCGAAUUUGAACGAAACAAAUGCGACCGUAAAACAGUUUUCUGAAAACUUCAAAAUGACUCCAGUCAUUCUAAUACUACUUUUAGCAACUGCGAAGAGUGGCUCUUCAUUUGAACUAAAUGGAAACGUAACAGGACUUAGGAACCUGACUAAGGCUGAUUCACCUUACAUGGUAACUUCAAACAUUGUCGUCACAAAAGGCGCAACUUUGAAAGUCGAGCCUGGCGUGGAAAUCUGCUUCUUUCCAGGAGUGGGACUAAAAGUUCACGGCACCCUUAAGGCCCAAGGAACGUCAACCAGUCGUAUCACUUUAACAAAUCUUCAGUCUAACGAGACUGUUGAUUUAGACAAAAUAAACGACACUAUUCCUUACAACAAAGGUGGCAGGCUAAUUGGAGGUGCUGAUUACCGUAGUGGACGGCUAGAGCUGCUCGUCGAUAACCAAUGGGGCAGCGUUUGUUAUAAUCGUUGGACCACCUCAAAUACAGAAGUUGCCUGCAGAAUGUUAGGGUUUGUGGGUGCGAAAAGAUAUUAUUCUCUUCGUCAUGGUGUUACAAAAACCAAUAUCUUCAGCGUCAACUGCAAAGGAACCGAGGGGAGUUUGCUUGAUUGUCCUCAUCGGCCAGGGUCCCAGAUUAAUUGUCGCCACUACAGUGAUAUUGGUAUCGAGUGUUACACGCUUCUCCCACUACUAGCCGAAAGAGUAUACUGGAGUGGCAUUGAGUACAAAGACACAGCAAGCCAAGUCCAGAUGAGAUACGUUGACAUUCACAAGGCUUUUAUUGGUAUUCAUGGACAUAAAGUCUUACCGCCUCUUUACAAUGUUACUCUAACAUCAUCCAUCAGAGGAAUCAAGUCAACGGAGCUGAAAGACGGCGAGUUCUUUAUCCACGACACAGUUAUUAGCGACAGUAUGGUAAACGGAAUCGUUAUAUCUUCUAACAACGCGUCAUUAAACAUUAACAACAGCGUCGUGUUCAACACCACAAAUGGAGAUGGGAUCGAGUACUCGAGAAUAAGAAAAUCAUCGGUAGAUUUAUCAGAUGUUCAUCCAAGUAAUGCGUCUUUUCCUCUUUACCUUACCGUAUCAUCAAAAUCGUGGGAAACUGAAGAUGCCAUCAAGGUCUUCAAAACGUCUACCGGCCAUACUCUUGCCCUUCACUUUCAAUUCUUAAAGGGCCAAGGAUACUAUAUUGAGGUACGUGACGGUGACAAUAUUAAUUCCACACUUCUAACACGGGUGACACAAAGUGAUAGUGGACGAGCUGUAAAGCCUUCUUUCACGACAGGAAACGUGCUUUGGAUAAGGUAUCGUCACACAUAUCAGCGUGAAGCUGCAGCAGAGCUCCUUAUUACUGAAAGUUCAGAUAAAAGUUCAUUGACUAUUACUAACUCAAAAUUCAUUGGUAAUAAUGGUUUUGGCAUGGCUUUGAAGGAUAUCCCCAAUCAAAUAUACAUAGAGAACACAGAUUUUUCUCUUAACACCAAAGACGGAAUGAUGGCCAAAAACCAAACUGGAAAGGUCUCAGGUUACAAACUACGUUUCAGCAAAAAUGUCGGAAAUGGCGUUGCUUUCUACCAUUCGAGUAUUUCUAUUUGCCAUUUAUCCGAUAUCAGAGCUUUUAAUAAUCAAGAGAAAGGAAUGCUAUUGCAAAUAUCUUGGAUGAACUGCAGCAUUAGUCAUGCCCGUCUUGUGCUGAAUAAUCAUCAAGGGCUGCUAUCAAACAAAGUUUCAGGGGCUUUAGACCUUGCGUUUUGUAGCAUAGCAGAUAAUCAGCUAAGUGGAGUCGAGAUAUGCGACGGUAUGGCUUCUGUAAGAAUUUACUCUUCGUAUAUACUACAGAAUUCGAAUCAUGGGCUUAAGCUAAGGAACGAAGGUGGCGAACACAGAAUUAUCGAUUCCUUCAUUGAGAAAAACAGACAACAUGGCAUCUGCAUACACGAACUCCAGUCCUCGAGCAGCAACCCUAUUCCUCAAUUGACCGGAAUAAAUAUACAAGGAACUAAGGUUUUCGAUAAUUUGUACCACGGAGUAUAUCUUUCUCCUGCUUGUCAGCAUAUCGAGGGCUCAACGGAAAAUGUGUCCAUCGUAAUAGAACAGAGUAGCAUCAGUAACAAUUCACGCGGAGGCUUGCGCUUUAAACAAGAAAGCUGCAGCCGUGGUUCACGUUACAAGCAGGUAUCACUCAUGAUGUCACACAAUGAGUUUCGAGAGAACAAGAACCAAGCACUCUACGCUUCAUGUAUUUCACUUUAUAGACUUAAAGCCGAAAUACGGAACAACUCUUUUUAUAACAAUUCURGCCAAAUAAUUGUUAUUACCGAUCAAACCUCUUAUGAAUGCAAGCCGAAAAGUGUCAGCAAUCCUGUCGAAGUCAGCAUAAGUCAGAACCAGUUUUUUGGCAAUCGUGGUUCAAAUCUUGUKUACAUAGAUUUMAUGGGGUUYCCUUUGAUUCGAAAGGCCAGCGUCGAUAAUAAUACCUUUCAAAACAACAGCGUGAAGUUUUUGUUUCCAAACUUGUACCAAAGUUCUACCGACAGAGCUUUGGUUGUUUUUAAGGAGGGAACUUUUAUAUUCCACAACAAUUCAUUGGACGCAAAUGACUGUCGUUAUUUGUUGUCUACAUUGUACGUCAAUCAUAGCAGUGUUGUUGAUGCCAGAUUUAAUUGGUGGGGCACGAAAGAUGAAUGUGAGAUAAAAGACAAAAUAUUUGAUUUUUACGAUCGUAUUCAACUUGCUAAAGUCAGAUACUUUCCUUACUUCCGUUCCUCAAGAAUCAUUGACCUGGAAAUUGAACGUCUACCGCACAUGAGGUGUUUUCUUCAAGACAACACUAUAGGCGGUGCCUUGGAUGGAGAGCUAUCUUUGCCUCGUAGCCAAAUGCCAUAUAAGGUGCGGGAUGACAUUGUUAUCUUGGAGAAUGGCAGUCUUCGGAUACCCAGUAACACGACUUUAAUGUUUCCUGCUCGUUCUGGUAUGUUGGUACAAGGUGAACUCCAUGUCAUGGGCAAGAACCAAGAAAAAGUCAACUUUAUAAAGAACAUAAUACAAGAAAAUAUACGUCUUUCUGGUGGACAAGGACCUUGGGAAGGUGUACUAGAAUUCUACACUAACAACACUUGGAUCCCAGUAUGCUACAACAUGCUUCCACUGGAAGUAAAGGUCGUUUGCCGGCAUCUCGGUUUUAUAGAACGUUAUACUAGUUAUAGGUACAUAUCCCCAAAACCAACAGACCAAUUCGUUUUUGGCAUCAAAUGCCUCGACCCCGACGAAGAUGACAUUAUUCAGUGUAGCAAUAAAAACUGGACCUAUGGGAAGAACUGUUAUAGAGUUCCACUUAUGUACUGCCUCAGGGACUACUGGGCAGGCGUUCAUCUUGCGAUUAGCAAUAAAAAAAGUGAGCUUCAUCAUCUGAACAUUUACGAUGCUGGAUUCAAUUACAGAAGUGACAUUAGUCUUCCAGGUUAUGCCUUAAGGAUCGACUUCGAUCAUCAUAACUUGAGUAACAUCAACAUCAAUUCUUCUUCGGGCAUCGGCGUCCAAGUCUUAUUUCCAAGUCCAUUCUUGAAGAAGUCCUUUAUGCCAAAUUCUAAGAUUUCUCACACUGCAUCCACCGGCAUUAUACUUGGAUCACCAUACUUAAAGCUCACGGACGUGGAGGUGGAAUCGACUGGGGCAGCAGGUUUUCAUUUACAGAGCCAGUGGGACGUUUCUACUACUCAUGCAAUUCAAACCAUGAAUCCAAGUGUAAAGAAAAUCGCUAUUUGUUCUCAAAAUAUCACUUACUUGAAAGAAGACGACAUUGUGUACCUCUACUCAAAUUUACCCUACGAAUCAGCUGUAACAUGCCAACAUCUAUUUGUAACAGAGCGAGGUCGUAGACUUGGAAUCCAAGUCCUUUAUUCGCAGCUAAGCAACAGCCGCCUCCAUGUCUUUGAUGGAAACAAUAUCACGGGCAGAGAUGGAUGGAAGAUAGAAACAUUUAAUAUUAAAGAUCGAAAAGUGUUCAACUCUUCAAAUAACGAAGCCCUUCUGAAAAUCGAAAAGUACCAUUACAGCACAGUAUCGUUCCACUUGCUCCUUUUUUCUAUUGAAGAUGAAAAGCCAUUUGAAAGCUUCAUUGAGCUCGAAAACUCGAAUUUCAACUUGAUAAGAGGCAUAAACAUUUUAGGCAACGUCAUCAGUCAGCUCAAAAUCAUAAAUUGCAGUAUGUCCAACUCAAGCGACUAUCUCAAAAUUUAUGCAAAAGAAAUAACCACGGGAACAAUGCAAUCCAUCACACUGGAGACCAACAGGUACGGCAUCCACCUGACAUACACCUCGGGAAGCUUUGGCGUUUAUGAUUCACGUAUCUUCAAAACAAGCAAUACCGGACUUUAUUUACAUUCUUAUUCAGCCUAUGACAAUAAAAUGGUUUUCAAUUUGUUCAACUGCAGCAUUACUCAUAACUAUCGUGGAUUCAUUAUUAACGGUUAUUUUUCAAGAACAUUUAUUGCCGUGCAAAACAGCACUUUUGCGUUUAACAGAGCGUCUGCGAUAUCUUCCGAAAUCCAUGAGGCACGACAAAAUGUGUCCUUCAUUUUUAAGUGGAAUUCGUUUAAACAAAACCAGGGAGUGACCAUGCCGAUAUAUCUUUGCAGUACAACCGACACAGAGUGUAGCAUAACCGAGAACAGUUUUGAAAAUAACGUCGGAUCGGUCAUAACCGGUAGAACUUGUGGGUAUUGGAAUAAUAAUAUGGUUCUUAUGAAAAGAAACGUAUUCAGUGCUAAUCAGUGUAGGAGAGGAGCGGUUAUAUAUAUCUACCAACGGAUGUACAGUCUGGAAGCUUCGCAUAAUGUUUUUCAAUUUAACCAAGGCGUUAUCUUGAUGUACCACCUUUACCAUUCUGGGCCAUUAAAAAUGUUUUUCAACAUUUUUAAAAGCAAUAACUGUACUGGGAGAUCAAUAAUAGAAAUUCAAAGAAUCGACUCUUACACUGAACUUGUUUUGAAUGAAAACAUUUUCGAAAGAAAUACCGGCGUGGCGGUUCUAUCGACGGGUACAAGCAGUUAUCAUUGCAGUGGUUCGUUACAACUAAGAAGAAAUGUAUUCAGAUACAACCUGUGCAUUGAGAAGUCCGUGUUGUCUAUUAGUAAACAAAGGAAUGCUUUUGAAGCAUCAGGAAACGAUUUCCAUUCUAACUCGGGGUCGACUUUAACAUUCGAAGGAGCAUCCAUCAUGGCUAACCUUCUCUUUGCUGAUAAUUCCAUAGAAAACAAUACUUGUAUCUCAAGAGAGAUGGCUUCCAUCUUAAGAAUGGAAGGAAACAUUGAUGUAAGCAACAACACAUUUCAUCGCAACAAAGCCAUUGGUAUAAUGUCGGUACAGUCAUUGCAUAACGUUGAAUUCCAGCAAAGUAACAAAUCAUUUUCAAUCAUUAAUAACACGUUUACAGAAAACCAAGUUGCUGCUGACGCCCCUUCACGUGUAUACUUCAGAAACAACUGUGCCCUGAAAUUACGUGGCCUUCUUUAUUACAAGAUAACUGAAUUUUUCCAUAACAAAUUGGCAAAUCCCUCCUUUGAAAAGGAAUUUUGUCUCCACAUUCAAGCUCUUUCACAAAAGGAUAUUUUCAAUGCCAGCCAUAACUGGUGGGGAACUGUAGACAAUUACCAUUUAAGGCAAAGAAUUUUCGACUUUGAUGAUAACCACGACUACGCGAUUGCUUCGACUUCACCUUUUCUAACAAGUUACAAUGAUAACAAAACAGUUAUGAUUGGCAAUAAAGUAAGAGCUCUAAGGGGAAACAAACUUGGGGGUCGUKUAGAUGAAUCACUUUAUCUCACAGAGGAAGCAGGCCCUUAUAAAGUUACUUCGGACUUAACUAUUCUUCCUGGUGUGGUCCUCACAAUAGAACCAAAUGUGUCGUUACAAUUUUCUCCAGGUGUUAGUCUACUUGUUAUAGGAACACUUAUUGCUCGUGGAACAAAGGAAAGAAAAAUCAAAUUCACUCUAGACAACCCAAAAGGAAGUCAAAGUGUUCGUUUGAAAGAUGGACAUUUUCCUUGGGAAGGUCGUUUAGAGGUGUACCACGAAAACAAGUGGAUGCCUGUGUGCUGUCCAGACAGUACGUGGAAUCUCGCAAAUACAAAAGUAAUCUGCAGAGAGCUUGGAUACUUGCCGCAUCAGGAUGCACAUUAUACUAAGUUUGAUUUUGGACCAAGUAAACCGUGGCCGUUCAACGUACACUGUCAUGGCAACGAGACAUCAUUGAGCAAGUGCGAUGCAAAGGACCAUUCUUAUGCUUCUAAUACGUCAAAAUUUGUCGGAUUGAACUGUAAAGGCCAGCCAUGGGGAAAUAUAAGGUUUGUUGAAUCAAAUGAAAAUGGUACUGCUAAGGAGAGCUCUGUACUGGAACAUGUUGACAUAAGUUACUGUGGCCGGCACUUCAAUUCCAAUGCAUCUGCGAUUGAAAGCGUUAUACGAAACCCCAAAAUAAACUUUGUCACUAUUCAAAACUGUGCUUUUCAAGGCGUCAGUUAUUUUUUAGCAGGGAACAAUAUCAAUGCUACCAAAUGUGAACUGAAGCAUCUCCAAGGAAAUGGUUUUAACGUCAUUCAAUCCAGCUUUGACGUUACUAUAAAAGACAGCACUAUUGAAAACACUGUUAAUGGGGUUGUUAUGGAAUCUCCUCAACAACAUAAUAUCCCUUUACUUCAAUACGGAAGAACAUCGAUUUGUGAUCCCAGCAUAAAAACGUUUGACGUGAAAAAUAAAAGCAUUGUAUUCUUCGAGCUGAACGACAUCGACACUGAGAAAUUAUCUACAAUACCAUAUGUAUAUUGCCAAAAAGAUUUCAGAGCUGAUACAGAAGGAAAGGGAGUUCGCAUACGACUUCUUUUUCACCAAGGUUUACGAACAAUAAAUAUUUAUGACAAAAGGAGGACGCAUACAUUUCAAUACUAUUAUCCGGAAUAUUUACUGAAAACCAUCUUGCACAAGGAUCUUAUUUUUCCUGAGAUAGGAAAUAUUCAAAUGAAAGGUAACCUCAAAUCAAGAGUCAUGUUUGAAGUGGACAUGUGGCACUUUGCUGAAACAAAGUGUAAGUUAAUCAUACUUUUUGAAAGAGAUUUCCCAGCAAAUACAGUCAACUCUCUUUACGGCAGACACCCUCAAGACCGAAAAGAUGAAUUGGAGAAUAACGUUAUCCGAAACAGUGACAUACAUGGCGUAAUGUAUAAGUCAUCUUCAAGGAAUCACUUAUCUGUGAAAAGAAAUGCAUUUAUCGAGAAUGGGAAUUCAAAGACUGCAAAACAAUCCGUCUAUUCGGGUGUUGUGUUUGCAGAGAUAAAGGACAAAGAUUUUCUUUUUACAAACAAUCAUGUCGCUGGUAACGCUAUCGGUGGUUUACGUGUGCAGACAGAAAACAGUGAAGGUAAUUUUUUCGAAGGACGAAAAUUAAAGAAAAGUUGGGUUUAUGGAAACACGUUUGUACAGAACGGUAAGGAAGCCUUAUAUCUCGUGUCCAACAAAGGGACUCCUGAUGUAGUGUACAUCAAGGAAAAUUCCUUUUCCAGUAAUUAUGGAAAAGGCUCUGCUUUUAACAGCAAAAACAGUGUUGUUAAAAUUAAGGACGUACCCACAAAAAUAGAAGGUAACUUCUUUUUCAACAAUUCUGGCCUUUUGAUCAUGGAGUACGAAUUCUUGAACGACAAAUAUGAAGGACAGCACUGUAUAAACAAUACAUUUUUCUURAACACUGGMACUGCAUCAGAAUAUGRUGCAACUAUCCGGACYAAUGGACCAAUUCAGUAUCAUGGUAAUAGCCUGAAGAAUCCCCACAACCUUUAUGAGAUUGAUACAACUAUUUCUGCCGUCACGGAUCCCGUAAAUGCUACAAUGAAUUGGUUUGGAUUUGGCACAAUACCAACUGUUAAACCAAGACUACGUGACCACGGCAACRACAACCGUUUACCAAAGAUUCUUUUUGAGCCAUUUGUUAAGAUACAACCAAGAAAUAUCCUCUCUCUGGGGUGUCCUCCUGACUGGAUGAACAUGGGUCCAGCUUGUUAUGUCUUUCGUGCYGGAGUCCAGUCCUUCCAGGAUGCAGACAAAUAUUGUAAGUAUUACGGAGGACAUAUACUUGUAUCGAGCUCUCCAGGUGASAAAGAAUUGUUAAUCAAAAUCAUGGCUAUGAUUAAACCUGGCACUUAUGACCAGCCGCCACCGAUACCAUUAUGGAUUAUUAGCAAUGACAUUAAGGAAAAGGACGACCGAUGUCAAGUUUUGAGUCACGAAGGAAAUAUUACGGAGGUGUCUUGCAAGAGCCAUUACUCUUUUGCUUGUAGCAGAAGCGAAGUGAUUCGUUGUCCAAAUGGGUGCUUACAUAAUGGUGAUUGCAUCGGAUCCACGUGCUUUUGCUAUCGAGGAUGGACAGGAGAAGAUUGUUCUAAGCCCUCCUGUCGAGACGUUCAUAACUGUUCUGGCGUCGGUGAAUGCGUGGGACCAAACGUUUGCAAGUGCAAAUGGUCAUUCCGAGGACGUGCAUGUACUUACUCGUAUUGCUCAAAAUUCAAAAAUUGUUCAACUUGCGUCACUGAUCCUUACUGUGGUUGGUGUGAUAAAAUGCGACAGUGUAUCCCAGGUGACUAUUCCAGCCCCUAUAAGAAGUCUUGCUCAGACUGGUUCUACUAUCACUGCUACACAGUAGGUUCUGAAAACCAUUGUUCCGACAACAUUGGGCAAGUCGAUUGUCAGCAUAAACAGUGUAACUUUGRAAGACCUUCAUCUAACAUGGAAACAUGYGCAAAAUGUAGAGAUCUUGAGAAAUGUUACAACAUCGAGGAAGCCGGGAAGUGUCGUGCAUGGAAUGUCAGCCGCUGUCCACAUGGAAUGCUGCAGGUCGACUACUCAGACAAAAGCAGGGUCAACAAUACSCAGCUGCGCAGUAAUGUCAAGGUUAUUGACCCAAAUAGGCAUACAAUAUACRGUUGUCCAGUACUCUUACCUGGUAAAGACGAGGUUACUUCAGUCUUCGUUGUGCCAAAGGAACUGGGUAUUGAGGUUGGUCACGUGAUGACGAGUACACAGGCUGGUGGAAUAAUGCAUAAAGUGAAUGAGACAAAUCAAAUAGGUCCGUACACGCUUGUUUCUGGUGAGGAGGCGGAAUUAGAAGAUGUUAUAGAAUAUGCGGAUUUCGAGGAAAAGGUUCAACCUGAGCCAAUCACAGAUGAAGUGACAGAAGAGGAAGAACCAAACAAAGAGCAAAUCGAUGGGAUGUUUAAUGGAAGUAUCCUCUUAAAUAACACAGCUAUGCAUCUGAUACAGGGCAAAUAUAUCUACAAGUGCGUUGGCCAUUUAUACCAGAUCGGAUCAAAAUCUGUCGUGUCUCAUUACUUGGUAAUGGAAGCAGCAAGCUCUAUCAAUGCAAGCCAAGGAGACGUGAUAGUAGCACGAGAAAGUCAUGGGUUUAUAGAAAGAGUUACCAAUAUUCGUAAGACGGAAAGUUUAACGUUCAUUCACACGAUGCUGGAACGAUGUGAUGGGAAAUCGACGUGGACCAAAAAAUUCAAGCCACACCUCACAAGCUCAGAAGAAGACGACGUCAUCGUAUGUUCUGGAGGUGAUAAUAAUCCAGGGUUAUUAAUYUCAGAAUCUGAGGACAAAGUAUCUGUUAAUGAUUCAGUCAUUGGAAGGGGAAGUCAGCCUUUUAUUUCAAAGGUGUUAUCGUCAUCAGUGAAUGGGGAAUACGUCAUCAUGGAGGUUCUACCUGUGAUAUCAGUYAUGAAUGGAACUGCUAUUACACAAGUACAAAUCGACCAAUUACAUGCCAAACACAGAAGAGCAAAACGGGAAGUUGGUUAUAAAUUUCCUUUCUCAAAAAGCAACUCCAAGGAAGUAAUUUUAGGGUUGGAAUUUGGAACAGAACUUAAAGUUGGAACGUUAUUCGAAGUGGACAUCGAUCCUAACUUCAAAUUUGGUGUCUUUAGCGAGAAGGGUGCUGAUGGCAAACAAAAAAUGAGUGAUACGAUACUAGGAAUUGAAAUAACUGGCAGAUUUUUUGUCAAGAUAGAUUUGGCACUUUCGGCGAAAACGAAGCGAAGUUUUGUUGGAACUAAGGCUAUUGUACGUCCAAAGCAACUAGGAAAAGCAUUUUGCAUACCGUUUGGACCUCUUCUUUGCGUCAAGUCAGCAUUCUUUUUUGAGCUAAAUCUGAAUCAGAAAAUUACAACAGAGACUACAGCAGAGAUACAGGCAAGAAGCUCAUUAGCAAUUGAGAAUCUCUUCAUUGGAGGAAUGUGCUCGUUCAACCGCCGUGGAUGUGACUCGAACGUACAUUCUCCUGAAAUAAAACCUGAAGCAAACCUCCUCAACAUCAAAACCGAUGGUAAAGUGUCAUGGGAAGCAAUGGUUGAACCAAAGUUGUCUUACAAGAUUCCAGUACAAGCUACUACUCCGUUUAUCUCCCCCAACAAAUGGAAAACAUGGUGGAAAUUUUUCAAGGGAAUAAGGUUGAGAGUGGAUAUCUCUAAAUUAAUCCCCGUCGUACUGAGUCUAUCAAUAGCAGUUCCAUUUGGAAUUCGAAUGGAUGUUACUCCGUGUUUUCCUCCAUCUGACAUAGACAAUAAAUGGAACAACGAAUUGACUGUCGAUCAAUAUUAUGGGGAUACUAGCCUGGUGGGAGAACUGUCCGCUGGACUUUAUAAUUGGGAGACAAAAACAAUCGAUUUGUACAAUCGUAAAGUACACAGUGGUCUUAAAAAGAGUUUCUGUGUGCAACUCUAUCCUUAUGACGUUAAAGAUAAGUGUCAAUGCCAGCCCUCUACUACUACAGCAGCUACAACAAGGCCUUCACAAAGCACUCUACCAACAACAUGGAAAACCCCUGCAACAUAUCCAUGGAAAACAACAUGGAAAACCCCUACAACAUAUCCAUGGGAAACAACACGGAAAACCCCUGCAACAUAUCCAUGGACAAGACGUCCAAUAACAAGGCCGACACCUCCCCCACCAUGUAUAUGCCCUGAUGGUCAGAUCGGAGUGUUCUCAAGUCAUAGAGGAGUGUGCGACUGUUUACUGAAAUGCAAAGGUGGAGAAGCACCUGUAAAAGUCAAUGGCUUAUAUAAGUGUCCGUACUAUCCUCCGUGUGGCAGAAGUCCAAAUUGUGUAAUUGGUAGAAAGGGACGUAGCUGUUCGCAGCCCGACGUUUAUCCUUGCACAAGUGCAUGCUCCGGGAACGGCCGUACGGUCUCUAACAAGUGCCAGACAGAGUGUAGAUGUUUUAGAGGUUGGACAGGUCUUUGCUGUGGAAUUAGACGGCCCACAGGAGGUUUUGGUGAUCCUCAUCUAGAGACUUUAGAUGGAGUUGAGUUUGAUUACUUUGGUAUUGGUGAGUUCUGGGGGUGUCGUAGUAUUCCAAAUUCAUUUGGAAUCCAGUUCCGCUUCUUUGCCCACAAGGGGACGUCUCUGAUAGGAGGAAUUGCUUUAAAAGUUGGCAGCAGCGUUGUUAGCAUCAUGUCACAAAUAACAUUAGAUCCAACAGAUAUGCCACAUCUAAGGAUUGAUGGUGCGUUGGUGAAUCUAACGACAGCUUUGGGGAAACAACUAUCAAUCGACAAUAAAACCGCUUUUCUUGAAAUCCAGAAACAAUCUGAUAAAAAAAAUAAGGGCGAAGUAGUGUUCUUUUCCCUUGAGUACAAGACAGGUGUUACUGUAACGAUUUAUGUGCGGCACAGUGAUACAAUGGGAAGACAGUUCCUUAAUGUUCUAUAUACACUCACAGCGGAUUUCAAAGGUCGCACGCAGGGAAUCUGUGGUUUAAUGGACAACAAUCCUGCGAAUGACUUGACUGGACCAAAUGGAGACCUUUACACAGAUCCAAUUAAAUUUGCAGAUUCUUGGCGUAUUUUAGCUACCAACAAUCAAUCAGGUUUAUACGACUCGUGGUCCUGGAACUCUUCCAAUUUUCAUGCUGAUGAUGUAAUGGACUCGACAUACACAGAUCCAAGCCAUGUUCCUAUGUAUGGACUAUCAAAUGUGCCCAGUGACUUGUUAAAGAAAUCAAGACAGACCUGCUUGGCUCGUAAAUUACCAGAUAAUCUUUUGAAGAGCUGUAUCUACGAUGUUGCUGUGACAAAUGACACGUCUUUUGCCAUGCAAGAAGUUCUCCUGACAGGAUGUCCAGAUCAGUGUUCGGGCAAAGGCCGCUGCGUCAAUCAAACUUGUGAAUGCUUGAAAGGAUGGACUGGAGAAAAGUGUGAAAUAGGGACGUGCCCAAACUGCUCAACUAGUAACGGUAAAUGUAUCAAAGGGUUUUGUCAGUGUAACGUUGGAUGGCAAGGAGAUACCUGCAGCGAGAAAGCUACUUGCUAUGAUGUGAAUAACUGCACCAGUCCAGUUCAUGGAGUCUGCAAGACUACAAACAAAUGUCUCUGCAAUGAUGGAUAUAUGGGAAGCGAUUGCAGCAUUACCCCAACAUGUCUAAACGUGUCAUCUUGUUCCGGUCAUGGAAAAUGUGUCAACUUUGAUGUCUGCAAGUGCGAUAAAGAUUGGACAGGAAAAAAUUGCAGCCAAUAUUCCUGUUUGGAUCUUGAUCGUUGUUCAGAUCAUGGCCGAUGUGUUAACGUCUACCAGUGCGAAUGUAAUGCGGGGUGGACUGGGAUAAGUUGUGCAAUUCCUGAUUGCCCGGAUGUACAUCAAUGCUCUGGAAAUGGAACAUGCGUUGCCCCUAACAAAUGUCAGUGUUACCCUGGUUACAGUGGAAAUGGGUGCCUUGAUUCUGCUGAUUGCAAUAUGUUGGCUAAUUGUAGUAAUCAUGGGGACUGUGUUAGUGGAGAUGGGGCAAACUCGUCCUGUAGGUGUUACGAUGGAUUUCAAGGGGUAGAUUGUAGCCAGCCAACCUGCACUGAACUCAACAACUGCAGCAAUCAUGGCAUUUGCAAAGAAGCAGGAUUUUGUGAAUGUGAUAUUGGUUUUAGUGGAUCUGACUGCUCUAAUGCUUCAUGCGAAGCUUUGAAUUUUUGUUCAGGCCACGGAGAAUGCACUGGUUACGAUCUGUGCAAUUGUGAACCUUUAUGGCAUGGAGCUGCUUGCAGUACCCCAGACUGCAGUACGUUAAGCGACUGUUCAAAACAAGGCGUUUGCUUGGCACCCAAUAAAUGUGAUUGUUAUCCAGGCUACGAUGGGAUCAAAUGCGACAAGCCAGCCACACCAAACUUUUACCCACCAGUGUUUUCUUCUCCUGUUUACAAUCUAUCGGUGUAUGAAAAUGCUACUUUGGGAAGCUUCGUGGGUCAAGUUAAUGCUAGUGAUUUAGACCAAGGGAGAAAUGGCGAAGUCAUGUAUUUCUUAUCCAAUGAUGCUGGUGGUCUAUUCACAAUUGAAGGAGAGUCGGGUAAAAUCUUCACAUCUAAGUCAUUGAGGUAUGACGAAUUGAAGACGGAUUUUGCUUUCCUUGGUGUCCGUGCUUCCGACAAUGGAAAACCAAUGAAGUUUGCCUCAUGCGAAUUAUAUAUACGAAUAAUCGAUGUUAACGACAAUUGCCCAAUAUUUGACCCAUUCCUCCAGACGUCGUACAAUAUCUCUGUUAACACAAAGAUUGGGACAAUUGUUGCGAAUGUCAGUGCUGUCGAUAAAGAUAAUGGAGUCAACGGUGACGUCAGAUAUCACUUGGAAAAUGGGAAUGGAACGUUUUCAAUUGAGUGGUUAACAGGAUCCAUUCGUCUCAUGCUUCUCGUUCGACCAAUCUCGUAUCAAGUGGUUGUGAUAGCACGUGAUCAAGGCACACCUUCUUGCUCAACUUCCCUGAAGUUGGUGUUUAAUGUGACAGAAAAGGAAACACCUGAACCAACUGAAGUUACUACUUCAGCUGAAGUAUCGACAACAGUUACCACCACCACAGAACCUGUUACAACGCCUUCAGAACCAAACAUCAUACAUUCAACAAAUGACAGUCUUCGGCUGGAAAGUGUCCUUCUCAUCGCUGGCUGUUCCAUCGGCAUAUGUUUGUUAGCAGCCAUUUCUACAGUCAUUAUUAUAAGAAUGAAACGAAAGUGGAAGAAGGCAAAUACUUCGCCAAGAACAUCGCGACGGCAAAUGACGACAGGAAGUCGGAACAGAGUCAGUCCAGAUUUCCAGGAUGAUCAGCAUGACAUGGAGUUGCAAGUCUGGAUCAACAUCCACGCUAACCGAAGAUUAAACGAAUUUCCAUGAUGUAUAUUUAGCAAAUUGACAUACGUUCUUUAUGUGUCUGUCACUGAUGUCGAUUUUUGUACAAUAACAAAAACGAUAGAAACUUUUUUUAGUGAUCAAAGCAAUCGAAGGAAAGAGCGCACGCUCGUUGACGUCAGCUUAUCUGUCUGCCCUCUUAUUUCUGAUAACAAAUGAACAGCACGCGAGCAAGCUAAUGUAUAUAUAUCUUUAUAUCACGUGCUUUCAAAGUAUAUUCAAAACAGAACUGUAUAUGACUGUUAGCUGCGAUAGCAAUUGAUGGUUUUCAACCAUUCCCAAUAGAAUUAAAUAACAAAAGACGUUGCGGUCUUGUUGGAGGAUAUAACAAAAGAAUUCAUUGACAAUUCUUUUGUUAAAUUCCUCCAACAUGGCCGACAUGAAAACCAGCAAUAGAGCAAUUAAUUUGGGAUUAGUAACUGAACUAUAUGACUAUACAUAAGUGAUCAGUUAGGUACUUAACUACUUUAUACAGUUUAUACUAAUCUAUAUACAAGUCACUAUAGAUAAAAGGUAAUUCUUGGGGUGCAACCACCACGUGACUCAAAAUCCCACGUGUUAAAAAAAUAACAAAGAAACGACCACUAUUUUGGUUGACCUAAUAAGACAAGCUAAUGAGGAAAGCUUAAGACAUCGUCAACUCGCCAACAUGGCGGGUAUGACGUAAAAUGUACUCCAUGAAUAUAGCAAAAAAGUUACCUAACUCAAUUUGAGCUAUGAUAAGCAAUGUAAUCAUAUAUGCCCAUAUAGCCAUGUGUGUCGCUAGCAUUGUUAUUCAAUAAACUUUGCUUUACUUAA